ACCGUUGCCACUACGCACCUCGCGGGAUAGUCCAGCGCGGGCAGUCCGACUGAGCGGUCCAUUUGUUUGGCAAAGCUUCGCGCCUAGGCCGUUUCCAUUGCCGAAAUUAAUUACGAUAGGCACAUUAAAAAACGAACGAAAAGCAAAACUCGUUACCAAUCUACAAGGGACUCGGCGGCUACCGGUCGGCGGUUUCGAAUUUCUUGGCGUAAGGUUGUGUACUUUCUAUCGCGGUUCACCACUCGUUGGCGGUGAUUUGAAACGAGAUUGAAGAGGUGAGAUUAGUGCGUGUCCAAAAAUCUAGCGAGGUUAGCGUGUGUCCAAGUGAAGUGAUAUCGGGGUCAACGGUGACAGCGAACAUACAUGAUGGCAUUCCGGAGAGUGUACAGUGUCUGCUUGAGGCAACAGCUAGCGCUGGGAACUAGUUACAGUGUAUCCAGAAGGAUUUUGGCGGUUGGAGCUGGGAAUCUUGUCGAUGGUCGACGGCCGAUCACAUCCAGUACGAUCACCGGGGAAAAGUUGGCCACGGCUACCAAGGCGGUCCAGAAGCACGACUGGAAUCGGGCCGUUAGUGAGGCGGAGAAAAUCGUUGGCUAUCCGACGUCUUUCCUGAGUCUACGGUGGCUGCUGAGCGACGAGAUAGCCAAUGUGGCGCUUCAUUUGCGAAAGUUGGUCGGCAGUAACCACCCGCUGCUGAAGACGGCCAAAACGCUGAUCUACAGCGACAAGAACCAGCAAGCAUGGGGACUCAUCGUGCUGUUGGUGUCGAAAGCCGCUGGCCAUGCGGAUACCAUUCCGGAAAUGGAGCAGGACAAAAGCGCCGGAGUGCUCCACUCGCAACGGGCUCUGGCCGAGGUAACCGAGAUGAUCCGAACUUCGCACUUGAUUCACCAGGGCAUGAUCAAUCUGCAAUCGAUGGACAAUGCUGGCAACGAUCUGAGCGGCGAUAGCGAAAUGAUUUUCGGCAAUAAAAUGGCUCUGCUUGGUGGGGACUAUCUGCUAGCGAACGCGUGUCAGCAAAUUGCUAACUUUAGAAACCAAGAUUUGAACAUGCUUAUAUCGUCCGCGUUUCGAGAUUUGGCGGAAUCAAAUUUUAUCGGCGAUCGAGAUGAACAAAAUCUCCCACUUCCAUCGAAACCAACAUCGGCAGUAGCUGGAAAGUCAUCGCCGGAUUGUUCCUUGGAGGAGCUUGGAUUUGGCGACCUCGAGGACAACACACAACCAAUGAGCAUGGAAAGCGCUAUGGGCAAUCCCGAGAAGGAAUGGUCAUUGCGCCACGUGCUCGGUGGAGGAAGUUUACUUGGAAAAAGUUGCCAAGGUGCACUGAUGUUGGCGGGACAACCGGAAGAGCUACAGAAGCAAGGAUAUCUUUUUGGACGCCACCUGUCCCUGGCGUGGCAAGCGUGCAUCGAUCUGCAGCCGUUCCUACAUAGUAACUUACCAGCCGGAUCUCAAUUCAGUCUGGUAUCAGCCCCUGUGCUGUACCACCUAGAGUAUGAACCCAGCAUCUACGCGGAAAUCGAAAAAGGUCGCAAAUCGGUGGAUGCGAUCGAUUACCCAAGCCUUCACCGAGCCAUCGGUACCGGACCGGGUCUCGAAAGGACGAAAAAUCUCAUGAGGAAGCAUAGUAUUGCGGCAAUGCAGGUGCUGGACCGAUUGCCACCCACCGAUGCUCGAACGGCCCUGCAGAACAUCAUCCUGGCCAUGCAGGAGCUGUAACGGGCGUUUCGAACUUGCGUACGCAGGGGAAGUUUCUCGUUUCACGAGAAAGGUGUCGCUGCGAAUCUGUGAAGGGGAAAAUCCCGCUAAUCGUAUUAGAGUAGUGUGAGUGAGCGAAGCCGAACGAACGGUAGCAUGCGUAAAAAUAACGUAAACAAAACCUUGAAAAUCGUGCGUGAUGAAGGUGAAGAUGAAUGAAUUGGAAUAAAAAAGUGUGCGUGUGUUGAAACGUCAAUCGAAUCCGCUCUUGGUGAUGGGAUGAAUGAACAACGCGUAAACGGUAAACACUUACAUCACAGACAGACGACUAAAGGCAGAGACCAGAGCCAACUCAAUCAAGUACAGAAAGACUAGUGGUCGUCGUCGUCGUUGUCGCCGUCUGCACAAAACGGGAGUAGAAAUCUGUGGUCGCCGUGUGCCGGAAUUUUCGUCAGGUGUUAAUAAUUUAUGCUGGAAACUAGUUUUCGGUGAUGCUACUACGGUGACAACGUGUGGUUUAUCCGAGCAACGUGUCGUCUUCGUCGUCGUCAUUCGACGGACAGUGAUUGGGAAAUUCGGACGUGCCAAAAUCAAAGCUUACACGGUGCGGUGAUAGUGAAUGCAAUUGUGCAAUUGAAUGGUGAAUGGUGAAGAAGAAAGUGCAUGCGGGACGUCGUGAAUGAAAGAAGGAUUGCAGUUUGUGAUGUAAAUAAAAGAAAAGAAACGCGUAUUGGUGGCUAUCGUAUUGGAGAUAGCAGUACUGAACCAGUGUAAAUAAAGACCACACCGCCAACAAUCGGUACCGGACGGUACAAGGAAAGGAAUUUUCACUUUUUCUCUUCGCACAACAUUUCUGGAGCUCGAUUUGAAAAGGUCGUAUGUGCUUUUGUCGAUUAAAAAUUCGAUCAGUUGUAUUCGCUUAUUAUAGCAAAAACCGUUGAAAUUGAACAAAGUUGAUACAUACAGCAGGAUCAUCACAAAACAGGCUUUCCGUUCCGCCAAUAAAAGUCUCCAAAAUAUCUUCCAUAUUGCUACAAUAACUAAAAUAAACUGAUCGAAUUUUAUAUCGACAAAUGUACAUACGACCUAUUCAAA